AUGAAGGUGGCGUGGAUCAUACAUCUAAUCAAGAUAAACAUCGUACAAGUGGUGUUGAAUAGCUCGAGGAACCCCUCGAUCAGUCUACAAUAUCUAGAUUCGCCCAUUUUCGCGAGCCGAUGCUCGCCUGCUGAGCCGGUUAAUGGCAGCGGUGCCUUUGCCGAACAGUACUACAACAAUUACUGGAGCAACAAUUUCACUGACAUACCUGAUGGACUUGAGGAUAUCGUUGUUGAGGUUGGCCAUGCUGACGCGCUUGAUGUCCCGGUAUAG